AUGACGAUCGCAACUGAUAAACCAACAUCGGUUUCGUAUCGCCGUAAUGAACAUCACGAUUAUAGUCUUCAAUUGAAUCGUUGGUUUCUAAAACCAAUCGGCGCCUGGCCAGAAUCGCGUGUUACCACAAUUAACGAGAGACUCCUGUUGAGAAUUAUCCAGAUAAUAUGCUACGCCCUCAUAGCUUUCACGGUUAUUCCUAGCAUGAUGUACUUCUAUCUUGAGGAACAGGAUCUCGAUACCAAGAUGAGAUUAGUAGGUCCCGUAAGCCACUGGAUUAUGAGCUCAUUAAAUUACAGUUCUCUGCUGUGGCGCGGCAAAGAUAUACGUUGCUGCAUCCAGCACAUGGAGAACGAUUGGUGCAUGGUGCGCAGAAAUGUGGAUCGCGGAGCGAUGCUAAGAUACGCCAAAUUCGGCCGAUCUAUGGCCGCAUUUUGCGCCGUUUUUCUGCACUGCGGUGUGUUCUCCUACAGUGUAGUGAACAGUUUAACGCCGAUAAUCAUCGUGGUCGGCAAUGAGACUGUCUCGGUGCGACGAUUGCCUUGUCCGUUUUACAGCAAGCUACUAGAUACCAGCCAUGAUCCGACGAAUGAGAUCGUGCUAAUGAUACAAUUCCUGUCAGGUUUCAUAGCUAAUUCUGUCACGGUCAGUGCUUGCAGUCUUGCUGGGGUUUUCGCAAUGCAUGUGUGCGGCCAAUUCGCCGUACUCUACACGUGGUUAAAUGAAUUGACAGACGAGGAAAAACAAACCGCCGAGAAUAAACUGGCAAACAUAGUCGAGCAUCAUCUACGUGUAUUAAAUUUUAUAUCACGCUUUGAAAAAAUCAUGAAUCAAAUAUGCAUGGUGCAAUUAGUUGGAUGCACUUUGAAUUUGUGCUUGCUUGGUUACUGUUCGAUUAAGGAAUGGGAUGAAAAAAACACGAAGACUAUAACAACAUAUGGUAUUCUUUUCGUAGCUGUAUCUUUCAAUAUUUUUAUAUUUUGUUAUAUCGGUGAAAUAAUCACGGAGCAGUGUAGAAAAGUUGGCGAAAUAGCUUACUUUACCAACUGGUACUAUUUACCUCAUAAAACUGCUCUCGAUAUGGUGCUGAUAAUAUCGAGAUCCCGUGUUAUAAUUAAAAUUACCGCUGGAAAAUUGAUUCAUCUCUCCUUAAUGACAUUUGGCGAUGUAAUUAAAACUUCUGUAGCAUAUCUAAAUAUACUUCGUACCGUAAUGUAAUAUUAUGUGAAAAUACUAAAUA